CAGAGGACAAACUCUCGUAUCCUAUACUACCCAAAUUGUUCCGCUACAUUUCAACUAUUAUUACGUGCUGGUGAUAUUGCCUUGAAUCCUGGGCCUGUUUCAGUGGAGAAUCCUGCUCAAGAAACACGCAAAAAGUCAAGUAAACAGUCAUCAAGAACUCCGGCUCCAGUCUGCCUGCAGUGUCUGAGAGGUGUCCGGUGUAACGAGAAACGCUUCUUUUGUGUCGUGUGCAAAGAUCUAACUCACGCCCGGUGUACUGGAAUCACUAACACUAAUUACAUCAAAACCACACAGCCUGAAGAGUGGACAUGUCCAAAAUGUCUCAGUAUUGCCUUUCUACGGCCAGAAUACCUUGCACGCCUCUGUGUCACCCCGCGACGAAGUUGACACAACCCUUGCUGAAGACCUGCAUUUGGAAGCCUUGAAGCAAAAUAGCAAACAGCUAACCGUCGUGCAUAUUAACACCCAAAGCAUGAUUUCCACCUUUGAUAACUUGUUGUUAGCCGUCGAUCGUUACAAGUUUGAUGUCAUUAUUAUGAGCGAAACUUGGUUGAAAGAGAACCACUUGUUACUUCAAUACGUUACAAUUCCUGGUUACACCCAUGCUUUUAAUAAAAGAGAUAAAAAGGGGGGCGGCGGUGUAGGAGUGUAUAUUAAGGAUUCCAUCAUGUUUAAAAGACGAUCAGACAUUGAAAAGAGAUAUCCCACCUUAGAACAUUUG